UUGGCAACUCUUUUGUUGACAUGUCAAGUGCGUCUCUUUGCGUGGAACAUCAAAUCUUGUUCCCAACUGUGCAAGUGAUUCGUGCGAAUCAAGCUUCGGAUAUUAGAUUCAUUGGAAGGGAUAACCUCAUAAAUGAGGGUAAACUCUUGUCAAGCUGCAAUGGAUGGUUGUUCAGAUUCAAAGUCAGGCCAUUGAAUCGAAAGUAAUCCAGGGACAAGUAGAUAUGCGCUAAGAAUGCGAUAUUAAAGAAACGGCCUUUUUGUCACAGAAUUGGGAAAUGGGCUUCUUGGCUCAAAUUUAUCGAUCCCGAUGGUGGCGCUAUCUUCAGAAACGAAAACCGGGACUUCUUUUGGUGCUGAUUUUUGCAGUUUUUCUGAUCUACUUCAAUUUCAUUGAUCCAAAUCGCCGGAAGAGCGAUGUCGAAUAUGAUAAUCACCAACUUGUGCAAAGUGAAUUGGUUCGAUUGCGAUCUCAAAUCGGCUUCUUGAAGGCCAAACUGGCCGCAGAAGGUCGGGGCAUUACAGAUCUGAAUGACCUGGCUCAGCCAAUGAUCUAUGCCAUCACGCCCACUUAUGCUCGACCUGUUCAAAAAGCUGAACUCAUCCGGCUAUGUCACACGUUCCUUCUGGUGCCCAACUUCCAUUGGAUUGUCGUUGAAGAUGCAGCCGAACCCACAGAUCUCGUAACGAAUCUUCUGAAACGUUGUGGGGUGGUCUACACUCAACUAAAGGCUCUCACGCCUCCCGAAAUGAAACUGAAGCCGAGGGAUCCCAAUUGGAGAUACCCAAGAGGUGUUUGGCAACGCAAUGAGGCAUUGACCUGGAUACGCAAUAAUGUGCCAGUUUCUCGUGAAGGCGUGGUUUAUUUUGCUGACGAUGACAACACUUACAGCCUAGAGCUGUUCCAAGACCUGCGUUCCACCAAAGCAGUGUCAGUGUUUCCUGUCGCUCUUGUGGGAGGGGUCCUUUUAGAAAAACCCGAGGUUAGUCCGGACGGUCGCGUCAUAGGCUUCAAUGCGCUAUGGGAGCCUCAAAGGCCGUAUCCUAUUGAUAUGGCUGGGUUCGCAGUAAACUUGCAACUGAUUCUUGCCAAGUCUGAAGCCAAAUUUUCAUUGGAAGUAAAGCGUGGUUAUCUGGAAUCGGAAUUCAUCGGCCAUUUGAUCUCCGGGAGAGAGGAGCUCGAGGCCAAAGCUGAUUUGUGUACCAAAGUUCUAGUCUGGCACACUCGGGCUGAGGCUAUCAAAACAACAGGGGAAAACAUACGCAAAAGAAAAGGUCUUCCAAUGACUAAUGUGGGUUUCGAAAUAUAAUUGUUGAACGCGGUUUUC